AUGUCAGACGGUUUCUCUUUAUCUGAUGCCGUGUCCAACAGCAACAACCCAGCCCCCUGUGCCCCCCCAGCCCAGGGCUGGCCAGCCUGGGGGAACCAGCCAGGGGCUCCUGGGGCAUUCCCAGGCUACCCUGGAGCACCAGGGGCCUAUCCUGCAGCACCAGGGGCCUAUCCUGGAGCACCAGGAGCAUACCCUGGAGCACCAGGAGGGUAUCCUGGAGCACCAGGGGCCUAUCCUGCAGCACCAGGGGCGUAUCCUGGAGGACCAGCAGGACCCGGAGCGUAUCCAGGAGCACCGGGAGCACCUGGAGCAUUCCCUGGAGCACCAGCAGCACCAGGGCCGUUUCCUGCCCCAGGACAACCACCCAGUGUGCCCUUUGAGCUGCCCCUGCAGGCAGGACUCGUCCCUCGGCUGCUCAUCACCAUCACUGGCACUGUCAAUCCCAACCCAGACAGGUUUUCACUAGAUUUCAAGAGAGGGGAUGACGUUGCCUUCCACUUCAACCCUCGCUUCAAUGAAGACCACAGGAAAGUCAUAGUCUGCAAUUCCAAGUUCCAGAAUAACUGGGGCAAGGAGGAGAGGAAUGCUCCUCGGUUUCCCUUUGAGGCUGGAAAACCCUUCAAGCUCCAAAUCCUCUGUGAGACGGAUCACUUCAAGGUGGCAGCCAACGACGCUCACUUGCUGCAGUACAACUUCCGUGAGAAGAAGCUGAACGAGAUCACUAAACUCUGCAUUGCAGGGGACAUCACCCUCACCAGUGUUGUGCCCAGCAUGGUAUAA